AUGCUAAUAUUUUUAACAUGGAGGAACUCAACGACUGGGACCAAUGCCUCUCUAUGCUCAACCUCCCUCACCAAUAACUCUCUCAUCUACUUGGAUAAAGACGCUGCCGCUGCUGAAAUCAAUAUAUCUUCCGCUAUUUGCUUUCUUCGCGCUAAGGCAUAUGAAGCUCUCGAAAACCGUGCCCAGGCUCGUCUCUGGUAUAUAGCUGCUGUCAAAGCUGAUCCUUUAUGUUACGAGGCUUUAGAGUGUCUUAUUGAAAAGCACAUGCUAACCUGCGAUGAAGAAGCAACUCUACUCUCAUCACUGCAAUUUGGUCCCGAAGAUGGAUGGCUCUCAUCAUUUUACUCGUGUUUAACAAAGAAGGGUUUUGUGAAAGUUCCAAGGAAAUAUGAAACAAAGUUUUACUUGGGUGUUGUUGCUGGAGCUAGUGAAGCACUAAUAUGUGGUGUUCCAUCAUUGUCAAUAUCACUGAAAUUGAAGAAGGAUAAAAGUCAGGAAAAUGAUUUCUGUCUGUAUAGAGAUUCCAUCUUCCCUAUGACAAACAAGCUUCGCAUCUCUAAAGAAUAA